GAAAAGGACAAUAAUCAAUGGCCAGGUAUCAUCCGGUUGUUCACCGGGAACUCGUGCUACAUCAACCUGCGGGGGUUUGCUAAAACAAUAAACGCAUUUACAUUAUGCCAGCCUCCCAAUCGGUGAGUAUAAAGCUGGAUCACAGUGCUUUGAUUCUCGGUUCGCGCAAGCUUCUUCUCAUUUCCCAUCCUCAGUCAAUAUGUUGAGUCACGCAAUCUGGGUAGGUCUCCUGGCCUGCUCGACGGCGUUUGCUCAAGACUUCAGCACAUCGCCGCCAGUCUAUCCAAGCCCACCUACUCAAGGUCUCGAUUGGGAAGCUGCUUUCGCCCAAGCUCAAGCAUUUGUUUCAAACCUGACCCUAGAAGAAAAAGCCCAGCUUGUGACUGGGACUUCAGGCCCAUGUGUUGGCAAUAUUGGCGCCAUUGAGCGCCUCGGUUUCAAUGGUCUUUGUCUCCAAGAUGGUCCUCUGGCAAUCAGACAAGCGACCUACGCGUCUGUUUUCCCGGCUGGUCUUACAACCGCCGCAUCAUGGGACAGAAGCCUCAUGUACCAGAGAGGGUUCUUGAUGGGUACCGAAUUCAAAAACAAGGGCGCCCACGUUGCUCUGGGUCCAGUGGUUGCGCCCUUGGGCCGCUCUGCGUAUGAUGGCCGCAACUGGGAAGGGUUUUCUCCAGAUCCAUACCUGACAGGAGUAGCUGCAGAGGAAACGAUUACAGGCAUGCAGGAUACGGGUUUGCAAGCAUGUCUGAAACAUUUCAUCGGGUACGAGCAAGAGACUCAACGAAAUCCAAGUUUGUCGGCAGACAAUAUCACGAUUGAAUCAGUGUCUUCCAACAUCGACGACCGCACCAUUCAUGAGUUGUACUUGUGGCCUUUUGCCAAUGGCGUCCACGCAGGCGUAUCUUCAAUCAUGUGCUCCUACAAUCGAAUCAACGGGUCGUACGCAUGCCAAAACUCCAAGACGAUGAACGGAAUACUGAAGGGUGAGCUCGGGUUUCAAGGCUAUGUCAUGUCGGAUUGGGGCGGUACCCAUUCUGGAGUAGCCUCCGUCAAUGCUGGACUUGACAUGGAUAUGCCAGGCCCUAUCUCCUCAGAUCAGAACUCGUCCUACUUUGGCGGCAACGUCACACAAGCCGUCAAUAACGGUACAGUCAACGAAACACGAUUGGACGAUAUGGCACUGCGCAUCAUGACGCCGUAUUUCUUUUACAAUCAAAGCCAAUACCCGCCGAUUGAUGGCGAAGAACCAGCACUGGCGUCGUCCUUUCCGCCAUACGUAUACCAGUUCACCUUAGGACCAGCCAAUGUUGAUGUUCGCGAUGAGCACCAGCAGCUCAUUCGAGCAUUAGGGGCUGCUGGAACCGUCCUUCUCAAGAACGUCAACAACACUCUCCCGCUAAACGCGCCGAAGACCAUCGGCAUCUUCGGCAACGACGCUGGCGAUUUAGUGGACGGAGAAUAUUUCUCGGGCCCAGCAUUCCAAAGCCAGUACGGCUACGAAUAUGGCAACCUCCCUGUAGCAGGAGGCAGCGGCACCGGUCGACUCUCGUAUCUGGUUUCACCCCUCGAAGCGAUCAAAGCUCGCGCCGUACAGGACGGAACACUGGUGCAGUACAUCCUGAACAACACCCUCAUCGCGACACCAGGCGGCCUGGCAACGAUUCUUCCCGUGCCUGAAAUCUGUUUUGUCUUCCUCAAGACAUGGGCAUCUGAGGGCAUCGACCGUAUCGGCCUCGAACCGGACUGGAACAGUACAGGCGUAGUCGACUCGGUCACCUCGUUCUGCAACAGCACCGUGGUCAUCACCCACUCCGGAGGACUGAACGUCAUGCCCUGGGCCAACAACCCAAACGUCACCGCCAUUCUAGCCGCUCACCUGCCUGGCCAAGAAUCCGGAAAUUCGCUCGUCGACAUUCUCUACGGCGUGGUCAAUCCAAACGGCAAGCUGCCCUACACCGUCGCCUUCAACGAGAGCGACUACGACUACGCGCCCAUCACCAAUUCCACUGAGCUGCUCGAGACCGAAGAUCCCAACGCCUGGCAGUCGAAUUUCACCGAAGGUCUUCUCAUCGACUACCGGCACUUCGACUAUUACAAUAUCUCCGUGGCAUUUGAGUUCGGCUUCGGCCUUUCGUACACGACGUUCGAGAUGUCAGACUUGACCAUCAACACCAUCGCCGUAGGCAAUAUCAGUGCCUUUCCCGAUGCGAGUCCUAUCGUACCAGGUGGCAACCCAUCGCUAUGGGGAAUCUUGUACACUGUCAACGUCACGGUCACAAACACUGGAAACACUACCGGCGCUGCGGUCCCGCAGGUCUAUCUGUCCCUUCCUCAGAUUCCAGGCGAGGAUCCUACUCCACUAAAUGUCCUGCGCAACUUUGACAAGAUCUACCUUGACGCCGGACAAAGCCAAUCGGUCAUCCUGCCUCUGGCAAGACGCGAUCUGAGUUACUGGGACACAGGGCUGCAGCAGUGGGUCAUCCCCUCCGGUCCGAUCGGCGUCAAUGCGGGCUUUAGCAGUCGUGAUUUCAGACAAUCGACACAGAUCACAGUAGUGGCAUGAGAGGUGUCCCGACGUCCUCGGCUAAGCCAUAAUUGUAUCUCAGGCAAAGAAA